AUGUCUGCCCCCAACGAUGAUGAGUUCGAGCAGGCCAACACCCCUGGCUACAAGCCCUCGGCUGCCAAGUCGGUCGACGAAUACGCGAAACUGGACGCCAAUGACGACUCCCUCGCGCGCUGGAAGGCCAGCCUUGGUUUGACCGGUGAUGCCUACGUCGGCGACACCAGCAAGCCCCGGCUCACUGUCCAGUACCUCGAGCUUGAAUCGUCUAAGCUUCCAGCUGGAUCAACCCGCAAGAUGGACAUCUCCAGCCCACAGGCGAUCGCGAAGCUCAAAGAGUCUCCGAUCCAGGUCAAGGAGGGCGCCGAUUACAAAAUGUACAUCACUUUCAACGUAAACCACGGUAUUGUCACGGGCGCGCGCUAUGCUCAGGUGGUGAAGCGCAGCGGUGUUACGGUCGACAAGGAAAACGCGAUGAUCGGUUCUUUCUCUGCUGCAGCGGAACCCCGCCGCGUGCUUGUCGUCGAAGACGAGUUCCCAAGUGGUAUGCUCGCCCGUGGGUCGUACUCUGUCAAGAGCCGCGUGAACGAUUUCGACGGCGGUAUCUUCGCUGAAUGGGAAUGGGCAUUCAAGCUCGCCAAGGACUGGGGAGCGUAG